AUGCACUUCCCACUGCCGAAGCCCAUCCACGGGCAGAUCGCACAAGUGUAUUCGCAGAUCAGCAAUCCUGCUGAAACCUCACUCCUCACCAUCCCGGCUGAACUCCGCAACCAGAUCUACGAAUACUUGCUAGUAGAAGACGAGCCCAUUUCCAUCGCGGGCAGCAGCCUACACGACACAGUCAUAAAGACCAGCAGCUUCUCAGGAAGUCCGGCCAUCCUUCAGACUUGCCGCCAGAUCUACCAUGAGGCAAUCGGCGUUCUCUACGGCCACAAUAUCUUCCAAUUCAACUACGGCAUAGUCCUUGAUAAAGGGACCAUUCUCUUUCCUACAAAGGCAUAUAUGGAGUGGACGCAAGAGAUCGGAUCGAGUCUCUCAGCAUUGCGUACCGUUGUCAUCGAUACGGACGCUCCGCAUUUAUCAAAUGCGUAUGAUCAUCUUCCAUUUUGGGAAGACUUUUACAGGUGGUCCCGCAGUGACAUAGAUAUCUUGCCGUUUCUCGAUGUGUUCUGGAACGGAGUCGCACGCGAUCUGUCAGUUCGUUUCGAGAGUAGUGGGCGUCGUAUACACCCCGAUUCCGAUGAAUACCCCGACCCUGAUGAAUUGGGUCCUGACCCCAAGUUCUUCACCAAGGUCCUUUAUGAGCUCGGAAGACUGGACACACUCAAGUUGAAGAACGCACGCCGCCUACUACAGGAUAUCGAAGUGGCCCCAGACGGCAAGCAAGGCACCAUCUGCUUUCUCUCGACUAGUCGUAAGGCCGAUUUCACAGAGCGAUUCCAAUUGUCGGAGAAGACGCAGGGAUACGAGCUUGUACCGAGUCGACCUAAUCUUCUCAAUCUGCCUAACGACGUUGUUAGAACCAUUUCUGGGUUUGCAUCCACCAAUCGUGAGAUCACAUACAACUUCAACACAGGUGUCACGAAUGGGCUCAAUCUCAGUAUGCUCCACGUCAAUGUUCAACUCCGCACUAUAGUCUCUUCAGACUUUCAUUGCAAGAGUGAAUUCAUCAUUGUCCUGAGCUCAAAUACACUUCGAUCUUCCUCGGCCAUGUUUGAAAGGCUUGAUCGCCGAAUUUUCCAACAUUACGGCCAGAAACAGGGAAGACUGCAGAGCUGUACACCGAUCGAAGCAUCCCAGAGGUACAAGAUUGCGCCAACUAUCGUUCUGCGGUUUCAGACAAACGAGCUACUACAUCUGGCUACAGUUCGUAUCGACGCAAGGGACCUCCUGCGGGUCACUUCCGUUUUCCCAGCCGGCACCACCAUCAUCGUUCGUGUAUGCGGCCGUGAUGAGACCCGAGACCACAUUACAACACUUGGCGAGAUCCGGAAGUAUGUCUUGGUUCUGAUGGAGCACUCGCUGAGGGUUUCACUGGAGGUUCCACUCAGGGUUCAAGAUCCUAUUGUAGAGAUUGAGCUCAACCAUCACUGUCUCCCCGUGCGGGUUACCUACUGGCAACAUACAUGGUUGCCCACUGGUGUUCGGGUUUGGGAAAAGACAAUGAACAUGGUGGACAUUGCUUCAUUGCAUGAAAUGGUGAGAAAGGGAUGGUGGUGGCCAGAAGAAUCCAGGAACGGGUUCUUGUCUCAUGGAGUGCCAGAAGGCUGGGACGACGAGACGCGCUAUAGCCUGAUUAAGUGUCUCAAGGACCUUUGUUCGCCGCAGGAUGGAAAGCGAAAGAAGAUGGAUACUGUUGAGCGAGGAGCGAUACGCGACGAGAAAGAUGCACGGUUAAGAGAUGGGCAGGCAGGUGAUGUUGAGAAGGGUGGUGUCAACGGUGGUGCUGGUGAUGGGGAGGAUAUGAUGGGCAACAAUCCAUCAACACAAAAAGAACUUCCUCCUCUAAAAGGCCUCUCGUUCCUCGACCGCUUCCUAGUCGUAUGGAUUAUCCUCGCCAUGGGCAUCGGUAUCGCACUGGGGAAUACCGUUGACUCCGUGGGUCCAGCGUUGCAGAGGGGAGAGUUCGUGGGUGUUAGUAUUCCGAUUGCCAUCGGUCUCCUCGUAAUGAUGUACCCCAUCCUCUGCAAAGUCCGCUUCGAAACCCUACAUCUCCUCCUCAAGAAACGCGAUCUCUGGAUCCAAAUCGCCGUCUCCUUCGUCCUAAACUGGAUCAUCGCCCCCCUCUUCAUGGUGGGAUUAGCAUGGGCCUUCCUACCCGACCGCCAGGACCUACGUGAAGGACUCAUCUUCGUGGGCAUUGCGCGCUGCAUCGCCAUGGUACUCAUCUGGACGGAUCUCGCAGGCGGCGACGGCGACUACUGCGCUGUGCUUGUGGCGUUUAAUUCGAUAUUGCAGAUUGUGCUGUUUGCGCCUUUUGCGGUGUUUUAUAUUCAGGUGGUUAGUCAUGGGGACAAAACGGAUAUUUCGUAUGAGAAGGUUGCGCAGAGUGUGGGGGUUUUCUUGGGGAUACCGCUUGGUGCUGCUGUGAUCACGAGGUUGGCACUGAGGUCGAUGCUGGGAGAGGACCGCUAUCAACGCAGGUUCAUACGCUAUAUCGCGCCGUUUUCGCUCAUCGGCCUGAUUUACACGAUUAUCGUUCUCUUUGCUAGUCAGGGCGCGCAUGUUGUCAGGCAGAUUACGGAUGUGCUGAGGGUUUGCGCGCCGCUCCUGGUCUACUUCAUCGUCAUCUUUACGAGUACGGUUUGGUUCUGCUGGAAAAUGGGGUUCAGCUACAAGGUUAGCUGCACGCAGAGCUUUACUGCUGCAAGUAACAACUUUGAGCUUGCUAUCGCGGUUGUCGUCGCGGUCUACGGCGCGGGUAGCGGGCAGGCUCUGGCCAGUACGGUGGGGCCCCUGAUCGAGGUUCCUGUACUUGUGCUGUUGGUGUAUGUCCUGAAGUGGAUACGAAAGAGAUGGCAAUGGGUCUAG